CAAGCAGGUAUCAAGAUUCUGCAAGUGUAUAAAUAACAGUUUUCUAUAGUUCUAUCAUGGAUAACCAAUUCAAGAUGCUCCCAUUGUGCUUCACCUUCCUUGUCUUCAUUUUCUUGGUGUUGAAGCUAUGGAUGAGAUCCAAAAUAAAGGACUCGACCAAGAAUCUACCCCCUGCACCAUGGAAGCUACCUCUAAUAGGCCACUUGCACCUUUUAAUGUUCUCUCUCCCCCAUCACCGCUUGACCGAAUUAGCCAAAAGGCAUGGUUCCCUGAUGCACCUACAGCUUGGUGAAUUAUCACACAUUGUUGUUUCUUCUCCAGAGGCUGCUAAAGAAGUGAUGAAAACACAUGAUAUCAGUUUUGCUACCAGGCCUUAUCUUCUUGGUGCAGAAAUCAUAGCAUAUAAUUUUUCUGAUAUUGGUUUUGCACCAUAUGGAGACUAUUGGAGGCAGCUUCGAAAAGUUUGCACAUUGGAGCUGCUAAGUAUGAAACGUGUACAAUCAUUCCGAUCAAUCAGAGAAGAGCAGGUAUCAUGUUUAAUUCGAUCCAUCUAUUCUAACACAGGAUUAGAAAUCAACCUUGGAGAAAUGUUAUGCAACUCAUCAUAUAACAUCACUCUAAGGACUGCUUUCGCCGCAAGAUGCAAGCAACAUGCUGCAUUCAUUUCAAUUGCGAGGAAACUGGUGGAAGCUGCGAGUGGUUUUAGUACUACUGAUCUGUUUCCUUCCGUCAAAUUGCUUCCCAUGAUCAGUGGGAUGAGAGCCAAACUUGAGAGGUGGCACCAUGAUUUGGACGCGAUGCUUGAAACCAUCAUUGAAGAACAUAGAGCUGGCAAUGCAAAUCCGAAGGACAGUGAUGACGUAACAGAUGAUCUCGUUGAUGUUCUUCUGAAUCUCCAGGAUCACGGGGGCCUUGAAUUUCCCUUAAGAACUGACAAUAUCAAAGCUGUCAUCCUGGACAUGCUCAUUGCUGGAACUGAGACAUCUUCAACUGCAGUAGAAUGGGCAAUGUCGGAAUUGAUAAAAAAUCCUAGAAUCCUUGAAAAAGCACAAGCCGAGGUGAGGCAAGUCUAUGAUAGAACAGGGGAUGUCAACGAAUCAGACCUUCAUGAAUUGAAGUACUUGAAGUUAGUUAUGAAGGAAACUCUAAGGUUACACCCUCCGCUGCCUUUGCUACUUCCAAGAGAAAGUAGGAAGAGAUGUGAAAUUAAUAGAUAUGAGAUACCAGCCAAGACCAAAGUGAUUGUUAAUGCAUGGGCCAUUGGAAGAGAUUCCAACUAUUGGAAUGAAGCUGAGAGGUUCUAUCCAGAGAGAUUCAUCGAUAGUUCAGUUGAGUAUAAGGGGACCAACUUCGAGUUUAUUCCAUUUGGUGCUGGAAGGAGGAUAUGUCCUGGCAUAUCCUAUGGUAUGGCUGUGGUUGAGCUUUCCCUUGCACAAUUACUUUAUCAUUUUGAUUGGAAGCUCCCUAAUGGUUUGAAGAAUGAGGAUCUGGAUAUGACUGAGACCUUUGGUGCUACUUCUAGAAGAAAAAGAGAUUUGCGCCUUAUUCCUAUUCCUUACCACCCACCAUCAUCAAUUCAAUAGUUAGAAUAAUAUCUUAUUGUUAUAAAAUAAAGAUAGAUGGAGAGAAUAAAAAACAAAAAAAAUAUGAAAGCAGUAUAGAAUGUACUUUAUUAAUCAAAGGGAUGAUUAUAAUGCUUCA